AUGACAGAAAAUGAGGCAACAGCCUUCCAGCUCACUAACUUCUUUUCCAGCACUUCUUGGAUUGACUUUACGGCUGUCGGAAUAUCUCCAUUUGCUGUCUCGAAUGUUCCAGCAACGGUCACGAUUACGUCAACUGUAUCUCUUACUGGUUCUGCACCAGUGGUCACAUCAACAAGAACCUCUGUCUUGCUGUUCACGACUUCCAUUCCUGCUCUGAUUGUCACCAAAAAUGUCACCAAAAAGAUCUCAAGCAUGAUUCUAUCGACCCAACCCGACGUUUACAAGUCUACUGCUGUGACCUUGACUGAGACUUCGUACCAGUCGAUAACUCCGGCCGCGAAGUCGACUACUUUCACGCUGGACGAGGUUGUAACAUCGACCCUCGUAAUCCAAGAUCCCUCUGUGACCUCUACCAAGCUUAUUACCUCAAAGAUUACGGCUCUAUCGACAUUUACGCCUGCUCCUGUCACACAACUACAUACGGUAAUCGUAUCGGAUCUGCAAACUUCAACUCUUACUCAAAGCCAGUGUCCAAAGUCUUCACGUCGAUAUCAACAGUGGUAUCUACUACCACGUCAACGCCUAAAGAGAAAACCGAUACUGUGA